AUGCCGGCGAAGAGGAAAGCUUCAUCAAAUGUCCGAGGGAGCACAAAGAUAGGGAGAGAUUCCGCAGUCUCAACCCCAGGACCUGCGACCCCACGAAGCAUCGGCAGCAGCAGCGAUGAAUACUCAGAUGCUGAGCCGAGUGAGUCGGAGAAGGAGAAUAUGAAGAGAAAUAUAAAUUCAUUCUCCGUGGAAAACUAUAAAGCGAAGCAGAGAAGCCAUGCUGUUUCUGGGAUGGACUCGGCGAGUCACCACUUUGGGGCCAACGACUUCUCGUACCUUUCGCUGAAGCCGGAUCAUGACAAUCGACCGCUAUGGAUAGAUCCUCACAAAGGGCGAAUUAUCCUCGAGAGUUUCUCGCCCUUGGCCACCCAUGCUCAGGAUUUCUUAACGACGAUUGCGGAGCCUUUGUCGCGGCCCAUUUUUCUUCACGAGUACGCCUUGACACCCCAUAGUCUAUACGCUGCUGUUUCUGUUGGACUGGAUCCAAAGGAUAUAAUAAACGUGCUGGAUCGAUUAUCCAAGAUACCUGUCCCGGACAACAUACGGGAUUUCAUUACGAGUUGCACGCAUAGUUAUGGCAAGGUGAAGCUGGUGCUGAAGGAUACCAAGCAUUACGUAGAGAGCUCUGAUCCGGAGAUGUUGCAGCGUCUGCUUAAGGAUGAAGUCAUUGGUCCCCUCCGAGUGCAAGGAACUGAAGAGAUCACAAGUGCCUCGGCUCCCAAGAUGGCAGGUUUGGUCAUUCCAGGAACGAAGAACUUUGCAGGUGUCCAGCAGGCUCAACUAGAAGGCGCAAAACCAAAAGAAGGAGAAAACGUACAGCAGGAAGAUAUUGUUGCUACUCUGAAUGAGGAUGAUGAUGAUGAUGAGGAUGCCGACGCUGUGCACCACUUUGAAAUUGGCGAUACUGCUGUCGAGACUGUUCAAAAGCGCUGCCUUGAGUUGGGCUUACCUGUUCUGGAGGAGUACGAUUUCCGCAAUGACUCGCAUAAUGCAAACCUUGAUAUUGACCUGAAACCCUCUGCUCAAAUCCGGCACUACCAGGAGAAGAGUCUUAGUAAGAUGUUUGGUAACGGGAGAGCUAAAAGUGGAAUCAUCGUUCUUCCUUGCGGAGCCGGCAAAACCCUGGUUGGGAUUACAGCUGCUUGCACAGUCAAAAAGGGCGUCAUCAUCCUCUGCACAAGUUCUAUGUCGGUCAUCCAAUGGCGACAGGAAUUUCUUAAGUGGUCGAACAUCAAUCCCAGCGAUAUUGCAAUCUUCACUUCAGAUAACAAGGACAAGUUUGCGAGGAACACUGGGAUUAUCGUCACUUCAUACUCUAUGGUAGCACAGAGAGGCAAGAGGUCUUACGAUUCUCAGAAAAUGAUGGACUUCAUUCAAAGCAGAGAAUGGGGGUUGAUGAUUCUUGACGAAGUACAUGUCGUACCCGCCAAUAUGUUCAGAAAGGUCACAUCUACUAUCAAGACUCAUUCGAAGCUGGGCCUGACUGCGACCCUUCUUCGUGAGGACGAUAAGAUCAGUGAUCUGAACUUCUUGAUUGGUCCUAAGCUGUACGAGGCUAACUGGAUGGAGCUUGCAGAACAAGGGCAUAUUGCCCGAGUUCAAUGUGCUGAAGUCUGGUGUCCGAUGACAACUGAGUUUUAUUCCGAGUAUCUAAGACACUCGGCGAAAAAGAAGCAACUUAUCUGGACAAUGAACCCUCGAAAGUUCCAAGCCUGUCAAUUCUUGAUCGACUACCAUGAGAAACGAGGGGAUAAGAUCAUCGUGUUUGCAGACAACAUCUACGCUCUGAAAGCCUAUGCAACAAAGCUCAACAAGGCUUUCAUCUACGGAGAGACAGGCAACGCCGAGCGAAUGCGAAUUCUCGAGAACUUCCAGCAUAACGAUAAAAUCAACACCCUCUUCCUCUCCAAAAUUGGUGACACAUCUCUGGAUCUCCCCGAAGCCACCUGUCUCAUCCAAAUAUCCUCCCAUUACGGUUCUCGUCGUCAAGAGGCCCAAAGACUGGGUCGCAUCCUCCGAGCCAAACGUCGAAAUGACGAGGGUUUUAACGCAUUCUUCUACUCCCUCGUUUCGAAAGAUACGCAAGAAAUGUACUUCUCCUCCAAACGACAAGCCUUUCUCGUUGACCAAGGCUACGCAUUCAAAGUCAUUACCCAUCUUCAAGGGAUCGAAGAUCUCCCAGGUCUUGCUUUCUCCACGCCCUCUGAGCGCCGAGAACUCCUCCAAAACGUCUUGAUCGCCAAUGAUGCAGACAUGGACAACGAUGACAAAGGAGAUGACAUGUUCCACAUGAUGGACGGCAAAUCGAAAGCCAAAGCGAAAAAGAAGGCUAAUGCGAGAAGAACAGCCGGGGCGCUAAGCGAGCUUGCUGGAGGCCAGGAUAUGGCGUACGUGGAGCAGAACAAGAGCAAGAAUAAGGAGUUGAAGCGAAAGAAGGGGGAGCAUAAUUCAUUCUUUAAGAAGUUGCAGAGGGAUCAGGAGAAGAGGAGAAAGGCUUUGGACGAAGACUAA